AUGUGUAAAAGAAAAUUAAAGAGACCAUUGGCAGUGUGCCUCUGCACAGGAACCAUACUACUAGUAAUUGUUAAAAUCUUUGAAUUGAACCCACUGUACAAUAUUAAGGACAGGAAUAUACCAACAGAAAUGCCAAAAUUCAAUUUAGCUGAGUUGUCAACAAAGAAAGUCCUCAAAGAAAGACGUGACCAUUUGGAGAAAGUGUGUGCCAAACACCCAAAUAUUUCAAAGCAAAAUAUGCAUGGUGGGUCCAUAAUGGUUGGAAAACAUUUCCCUUUUGUAUAUUGUGACAUCCCAAAGGUAGGCAGUAGCACUUUCAAAAGAAUUCUAUAUAGCCUCGAAAACAACAUAUCCAAUCCUUACAAAAUGAUGGCAAUAAGACUAGGUGGUAAUGUGCGAGAUUAUGCUGUCAAAAAAGAUGACAUAGAUGUAAAAAUAUUGAACAAAAUAGAGAAUUAUACUAGAAUUUUAAUUGUGCGAGAUCCAAUUAGUCGGCUAAUAUCUGCAUAUUGGGACAAAAUGUACAGCAUCAAUCCAACAUUUUGGUGCAAGCAGAGCAUAGUAGGUACUAUAUUCAAUCUUUAUAGAAGUAAUAAAAAAGUGUCAACAGAUAACACAUCAACAUUCACUGGGAUUGGUGACAUGUCAACUAACAAAGAUACAUCAAUUCCUGAAUGCAUAUGUGACAUAUCAUUUAAAGAAUUUUUGGGAUUUAUCAUACAAGAGGAUACUGAAGACAAAGUACUCAACCGACAUUGGCGCCCCCAAUACAAAUAUUGUAACCCAUGCAAGGAUAUAAAAUACGAUGUCAUAGCACAUUUAGAAACUUUCAAUGAAGACACAGAUUUUUUCUUAAAGAAAAUAGGUGCAACUAGCCUACAACAUGAUGAACAUGAAAGUGAUGUCGUAACACGAGAAGUUGACAUUCUACUGAGGGGUUACAUAAAGCUUAAAAAGAAAACUGUGUGUCAAUACAGUAUGCAGGAUUUAAUAGUCAGGGUCUUUCAAGGCCUUGUUGCUAGGGGCUACAUAAGUCGAGGGACAAUGCUACCAGCACUGAAUCCAGAUCCAAGAUUCUACACCAGAGAAAGAUUGUAUGCACUUUUCCUAAAACUUUAUCAAACAUCAAAUGGAUAUAGAAUUAGCAAAGCAGAACUUAGGAGAAACAUGUUAAAACAAGUGCCUAGUGAUAUGAUCAAGAAAAUCUAUGAUAUGUACAAAUAUGAUUUUGAACUGUUUGGUUAUGAAUAUGAAACACAAUAAAAUAUAACUGAAUCAUUUUAUGAUGAUUUCCUUGUUACAGUGUUUGUAACUUGAGCAUGUUGUGAUACUUGGCAGUGACCUCCCCAGCAUUCAAGCAAGUGGGCUCAGCAUCCAGCUGAGAUUUGGUUAACCAGUUUGCAUCCACUAGGAAAUCCAUUUCCACCAACUUGAAAAUGAGGCAAAUCAUAAAAAAUAAUCAUAAUUUGACCUUUGGUCUGAACUGUGAUAUGAGAAUUUUUCACCUGCACCCACUUGAGAAAAAAUCCUGUGGAGAACAUUGCUUGGUAUAUUCAAUGUAAAAUGUACUUACAAUCAAUGGUGGUGCUCUCAUAAUUUCCUGAUGUUUCCUCACUGAACUCAGCAGUCUGGGCAAACUGGUAAA